CGCAGCCACUUGGUGACGUCAUUCGAGAGCGACUGUGCUCGGUUUGUGUAUCGGCUGUACGAGUCAACAGCCUCACUCGCUGUGUUUUGGUUUUAUUUCGCCUCCCACGUGCCGGUAACAUGAGCUCUGGAGGCGAUCCUCUGCCUGGAUGAUGCUCCUCACUGUAAAUCAGCUGGAUGUGGUGAGAUGUAGCUCUCAGUCUGCUCCAGGUGUUUUUAAACACUUCUCAGAUGUGUCCCGUAAUGUGUUACGACACACGAAAAUGACAGAAAUGGAUAGACGCAGCUGCAGGUAGCCACAAAAGUCUGAGGACUUAGCUGAUGUAUCAGUUUGUGACCUGCAGUAAUGACUUGGGUCAUUUGAAAUUUCCACAAACCUCAUAUACAGAUAUUUGAGCUCUAUAUAGCUUAAGAAACAUUAGCUCAUUGUAGAAUUGUAAUGUCUGGAGCAGUAGGUUCAGUCAAACCUUGAGCUCAUGUUGAUGGGGAAGCGGCUGUCACCAUCAGAAUUGGCCCUCCAGUCAGUUCUGCUGUAAAUCAGGUCUGACCCAUGACUGAGUACUACGAGGAGGGGGGGCUGCUGUACGAGCAAUCACCUCCCAUGCACAUCAAAGUGGAGUCUCCAGAGGGACCCUUUGGAGGGGGAGCCUCAGAAAAUGGCUUCCCCAGGGAGGAUGAAGACUCGGAGGGCAGCUGUGACCAGAACAGUGGUAUACCUGGAGGGCUCCCCUUCAAUGUCGUAGUGGUGCAUCCAAACAUCAUGGCACCUGGCAUGUCCUCAGAAGACCUCUUAUCUAUUGAACAGAACAGAGCUAUGUCAGCGGCACUGGCUGCUGGUGGUGUAGGAAAAAGAAAGAGUCGUUUCAGUGGAGCAGAGCUGGAGGUGUUGGUGUCAGAAGUCACUCGGUGUGAAGGAGAGCUCUUUGGUCCUGCAGGGAGGCUCCGGCGGCGGGAGAGAGAGCGCAUCUGGGCAGGAAUCUUAGAGCGAGUCAAUGCUGUGUCCAGAGUCCCACGUACACUGAGAGAGGUGAAGAAACGCUGGGAUGACUUAAAGAGGCGCAAUGGUGGCAGGUUGGCAGAUGCUCGCCAUCGCAGCUGUUACCUGCCCUCCAGCAGAGGAUCUUCAAUGCUUGGACGUGCUUCCCAGUCAAGCCCCAGGCUUCAACAAGCCAGGCAAAAACAAAACACUCGACCAAAGCCCAGCUUUCCAUGUUUCCCUGAUUCUGAUACAGGUGUGGGAAUCGACGGAUCAGAGAGAGAUGGUUUGGAAAAAGAUGACAAUCCUGAUCGUGAGAGAGACAUGGGAGAGCCUGAGUGUGAACAAGUAGAGAACAGCAUGGAGGACAAAUUGGGAUUAGGAUUGGGUCUGGGAAUUGGGCCACCUCCUCCAUCAGAACGAUGGCUGCCUCCUUCACCACUGUACAGCGCUCCUUUCCUCAAUGGCAGCCCUCAACCUAGCAGUCCUCAACCAUCACUUGGAGCACAGCAGGGUCCUCUUGAAGCCCCUCCUCGCAGCUCUUGGCUUGAAGAUGAACUGCGAGGAUUGGGAGAAGCAGCAAUCCAACUGGGAAAUAGGGUUGAAAAGAGUCUGCAGGAGUUUGGGGAAGAUUUCAGACAGGACAUGAGAACACUUGUUGCUUCACAAGAAGCAUUAACAGUCAGUCUACAACAAAACAAUGUCCUCUUACAAAGGCUGUUAGGAGUGCUUGAGGCCCAGCAACAACCACAGCCACAGCAACAGCAACAUCGUGUACAACAAGCACACCAAUCACAAACAACUCAGCAGCACUUACAGGCUCAGCCAGCUCUGCAGCAGUUACAACAUAUUGAACCACAACAGCAGCAGCAGCAACAAUUGCGGAUUGAAACACCACAGCAGUCACAACAGCACCAAACACAAAUGCAGCAGCAAACGCAGAUCACCCAGCAUUUUAAUAAUCAGUCAGCUUUAGCAGUGGUCCCAGCACCAUCAACCCCUGACAUACGUGGCACUUUUACCUCUGAUCCACCCACAGACACUAAUGGAAGUCUGCAGAAGUCACGGCGAGGACGAGCUGUUGAUCACAGGCGCAGAAGGCGGCGUUGAGGAGAAAAUACUGAAAAACUCAAAGUGCACAUCCUGCAUACUUGGAGUUUUAAAAUGUGACAAGAAUGCUCUUUUUCUACAGACAGUACUUCUGUAAAAAUAAAUGGACUUGGAGUUUUAUUUUCUGCUCCAAUCCAGUGAUUCAUCUCGCACUUAAGUUUGUCUUUCAAGAUGACUAAUAUACAUAAGAAAACAAGACAUGAGAUUGUGGGAUGGCCUUGGUUCCUCAGAUUUAUGAACAUAUUGCCCUUGAUAACUUUGUGUUUUAUGGAGUGACAGCUUCUCUGAUGAAUUUCAAUAUCCAGACAAUAACAUGUAGGUGCUGAUGUUUAACAUGCAUGUCAGUCACGGUACAUGCUUUGCAGCAGAGCUGCUCAUGAUGCUCUCAAUAGUUCAGUGCUCUCUAAGCUCUCCUGAUACCUUAACUGCAUUAUCAUAAAAUACUUGUACUUGUACAACUUGCAGUUGUUACCAUAUAUUAUAGUUAUACAGCUAUUGUAAUUACCUGGGAAUGUAUGCUUGUGCUUUUUUAACAGUUCCAUGGUAUACAUUGUUCCAACCUUUGUUUGGACAAUGAAGUUAGACUGUGUUCUCUUCAGUGCAAUGUGAGACAGAAAUGUUGCAUUUUAAAAUACUGAAAGUUUUGCAAAUCUGAAAAUCAAAAUGCAUUAUAAAGUUGGCUUCAAAUUUUACUCCAUAUGUUUUAAAUCAUACAUAUGUAUGUAGGGACUAUUUAUUAUUAUAAUCUUGCAUGUAGUAUGAUGGUUGUGUCUGUAGAUAGAUGCUCAACAACCGCAUAUGGCCCCCAUCUACAAAGUUUUGCACAAGCUAUAUUUUGUAGAUAGCAAAAUGUUCCAAUGAAAUGUAACUCAACUUUAAUUAAAACAGAUAUGGAUUGCAAAUAAAUCCAGCACAUCACUUGUGGAUUUGUUAUGUAGAGCAUUGCUUCCCAAAGUGUGGACUGUAGAUGUAUUGCAAGUGGGCCUUAGAUGAUGACAUAAAGAUGCCUCUGUUUACCAAAUUCAUCCAAACAUAUUCUUUGUUUACACUAAAGUGUGCCAAAUAUACAGUAAUUUGCUGUCUCAUUUUGUUUUUCACAUGUUAAUUAUACACAUAGGGCUUCUCCGUUAUGGACAAAAUGACAAUCAAAAAUUCUCCAUGAUUACUUAUGAUUAUCCACCAGUAAUUAGGACGAUGUAUUUUAAUAUCAACAUUAGCUGUUUACUUCACUGUUGUGCUACAUUUUAGGAGCCCCAAAUCCCAAAAACUAAAGGUCCAGUGUGUCACGUAAUGGUGAGACUGUAGAUUGUAACAUGUGCAGGAUGUCUACAAUCACCUUUCCCUUUCUUAGUACAGAGCUACGGUGGCCUUUUUGUACCAGAAAGGAUGUUCUUCUUUGUUUGCAUAGUAAACCUCUGCUUCAAAUCUUGAAAGCUGCUGUAUAAACAUGGAGGUGCAAGAUAGCGGCCUCUGUAAAACAAGGUCCUUGCCUUAAUUGCAUCCAUCUUCUACCACUUUACCCUCCACAUGGGGGUUGCAGGGGGCGCUGUGCCAACCUUAGGCUGAUAGGUGGGGUGCCUCAAGUACACAUAAAAAGCUAAUUGUAAGGCUACAAAAACUACUUAUGGGAGGUAUAUUAAUUCCUGCCAAUAAAUCAUCCCAAAUUUUACAUUCUGAACCUUUACAUUUGUUGAUAAUGAGUGUGUUUAAUCUUUGUUGCAUUCAUUAAGAUGUGGAGAAAGUCUAAAUCAGUCUAUCAGUAGAGGGGAAAUGCAUAAUUAAAGGUUUAUUUUCUGUCAUGAACUGAA